AUGGGGAUGCUCAUGAGUUCCCUGGGAAAAGGAGUGCCGUCGACGCAGAUGAUAGGUUUUGUGAUGGGAACCCUGUACAAGCAAUUUGUUGACAGAGACAUCCAGUGCUUUGAUGACUUCCAUUUCGCCAUUCUCGACAUUUUCAACUCUUUCAACUCAGCUUUACCAGGAAAGCACUACGAUGCCCCCUCCCGAAAGGAAGUUGAGGAAUGUUUCCAUGCGUGGACGGAAGCUGGAGAUGGGUCGGCGAAGAAGGAGCUGUUCGUCGCGUUUAUGAAGAAGAAGGUGCAUCUGAGCAGACUAGACGACUCGACAAUGGUGGCGGGGAUAGUGACGCCACCAGCAGCCAUGGCGGCCAAGAGAGCAGGCGAGAACGUGCCCCAGUUGAAGAUGAUCAAGUACAUCCCGGACGUCAUCUUUGUUCCAUCGGCGACCGUUCUUGCCAUCGUCACUGCUAAGCUCACCAAGAGGAUGUUCCUGGGCAACUUUGCAUCUUGAGAAAGAUCAUUCUGAGUUCUGGGAUUUGUGUAAUUGGUGUCAGUUCCGUGCUUAUUUUGGAUUUUUCGGCUUACAGACGAGGAUGCAAUCCAACUAUUGAUACAUGCAUUAUUGUGGGUGAGCUAUCAACAAAGAAAAGAGAAUUCCACAACAUAAUUUGUGACAGAUCAGUUACGUCUCAAGAAUGCACUUGCGCUGCAAGGGGUUUUGAUUUCUAAAUCAUAGUGCAAUUUAGGGGUCGUUUGCUUGUUGGAUUUGAAAAAUGAAGGUUUUGUGCAACAAAAACCUUGGGAUUCAUGAGGGAUUUAUUGUAUUAUGGAUUUGAAAAGUCUAGUGUUUGCAUGAUAGAAUUGAUAAUGGAUUUAUGAUGGAUUUGUCACAUAAGCAACUAACAACCAUCAUGGAUUUACAAAUCCCAAACAAAUAUGUGGGAUUUACAAGUCCGUGGGGUCCACGGAUUUGGUCCCAAAUUAAAGACCAAAUCCGUGGACCCCACGGAUUUGAUACCCAUCAACAAACAAUGGACUUGUGUUAAAUCCAUCAAACUUGGGAUUUAGGUACCAAAUCCAUGACCCAAAUCC